AUGGAUCAACUAUUAAAAUGUCCAAAAUGUUUGAAUAUAUUCAAUCAACCUAAAUCAUUGGAUUGUAAUCAUAUUCUUUGUUUGAAUUGUCUUUCUGAUAUCUUCAAGCCUGACAUUUCACCAUACAUUGACUGUCCAAUAUGUGACAAGCAGACCUUGGUUAUGAACUCGACCAUUGAAUUGCCGUCCAUUCCCAGUCUUGAAGAAUUGCUUUGUUACUACAACUCGGUCGAACAGGUCAUUCCCCCAGUCGCUACCGUUGCCCAGUCGUCUCCUCAACGAUCCUCUCCACUCUCCACCUCGCCCACUCCUCUCUCGCCUCGUUACCAGAGACUCAUCACUGAACCUCUACACGAUCCAUUCUACCAAUCAUCAUCAUCAUCACAACAGGUUGGAGGCGGCGGUGGAAAUCAAGAUUUUUCAUUGGAUCAGAGACCUUUAAUCAAUAAUUCAACAAGUCAAUCUUCCAACUCUAGUAGUACAACUACUACAUCUACCACAUCAACUACUACUACUACACCAACCAUCACUAUUAAUCAAAAUCUAAAAACAUCACAUCAAGAACAUAGUAGUAAUGUUCAAUCGAUUGUUGCUCAAUUAUCAAAAAAUAAGCAAUCCUCCUCCUCCUCACAACCCUCUCAACAACACCAAAACAACUCACCACUAUCAAAGAGUUGUUCAUCCAAUUUACAUAGUUCAAUGUCAAGUAGUUCUAUAUCGAGUCAACAACAUUUCUCGAUUGUACAGACACUUCCACCCGAAGCUUUUGAAGAUGUGAUUCGUUGUCCAUUGCAUGGUGAAAAGUACAAGUUUUAUUGUACCAACAAAGAGUGUGACAAGUUGGUCUGUUUGGAAUGUAUCAUUGAUCAUAAUGGCCAUCAGUUUAAUAGAAUUGCCAAGGAACUAGAGAAUAGAAUGCCCGACAUUGAAUCUCUCACCAUCACCAUGGCCAACCUACCCAACAAACUACUCAAACACAAGGCAUCGAUUGAAAAGAGAAUCGCCGAUGGUACGACGUUACACCGAGACACCAAACAAAAGAUAUCGUCUGAUAUCGAUUUGAUGAUCAAGAAUCUGAUCGACCGUCGAGACAGUCUGGAAAGUCAAAUCGAUCGUGACUGGGAAGAACAAAAAAGGUCACCUAAAUGA